AUGAAUCAACUUCAGGCUUACUUACACUCAAAAGUAACAACAAUUUUAUCACCAGCCCCUUCAUUACAAGACACAGAUUAUGAAAUUGAUGAACCUUCUUUGUCAAUCCAUGAUAAGAUAAUAUCACAACGUCAAGCUCAGAAAGGUUGUGACUACUCUAAUUUUACUACCCCUGUGAAGCAAAGAAUUAAAUCACCAAGUUCAGACUAUAGCAAUUCAAGUAAUUCAACAAUUGAAAUCCCACCAAGAAAUGGCUUCCAAAAUACACCGAAUCAUUUCAAAACUAAAUCUGCCAAUGGUAACUUAGAACUUGAUGAUGAAACUUUAAAGAUUAGACAAUUUGUCGAUAUAAAACAAAUGUUAAGAUCGUUAAGAAAUUUGGAAAAUUUGAUAACUGAACCUAAUGUUGAUUAUGAAUUUUUUAAAAAAACGUAUAUUGAAUCAAGUUAUGGUUUGAUAAAUUCAAUGAAUGACACUUCUGGUCCAGUAACACAAUAUCAGCAGAAUCAGAAACCACAGCUUCAACAGAAUUAUCAGCAACAACAAAAGGCUUCAACAAGAUUGGCUCAAACGUCUUUACCUAAAGAAAUUGAAUCUCGUGAUCUAAUCAUCAAAAUUGGAAUUGUUGGGGUUCAAAUCUUGGUUGUAUUGAUUGAUUUAUUAACUCCAAUUUGUGUCCAGGUUAUAAGUUUUGGGAAAACUUUAUUGGGGAAUGAAUUAGUACAAAAAAUGUUGAAUGUGGUGGUGGAGAUUAUUUGGGUUACUUUGAGUAUAACUCUAGAUUAUUUAAAAAGAUUUCAACACAAAACUGAGCAAAGAAGGCUCAGUCGAUGA